AUUAUGUUAUUGCUAUCAUUUCUUAUUGCUAGAUGUUUUGCUACAGUUAAUCCAAUCAAUCUAACUAUUGGAAUCGAUAUUACUAACAAAGAUUCAUUAUCUUAUUUAGGAAAACUUGAAUAACAUUAUUAAUAAUUUCAAGCAAAAGGAUGUAAAUCACUUUAAUAUCAACUAAGUAACUUUAAACAUACUAAAUCACAUUUUACCAUGUUACACAUGCCAAAAAAGACAUAAUUAUACUAAACCAGAACCAAACUGCUAUGGAGGGGGUAGAUAUUGUUGUAAUUCAUUAUCUUUCAAGCUUAGAAUUUUCCAGUUAUGCCAAUGGGCAAUUGUUACUCACAGAAAUCAUUAGAUAAAAAUGUAUAUUCACUAAUGAUAUUUUCAUAUUUCUAAACUAUAUCAAUUUAUUUUAGCAAGAUUGUUUAGAAAAUCCACAUUAUACAUAUUGUUCAUAACAUAUUUUGCAAAACAUUUUAAAUUAUGAUGUUGAAGAACUUGAUUAAUGCAUUAAUGCCAGCUUUUUAGGUGAAGGAGAUUAGGCUUUACUUGAAAAUUUCAUAUUGUCUUAAGAAAUGAAAUAAUAAUAUAAUCAGAGCACACUAACUGUAUACUUAAAUCAUUAAGAUAUAUCUCAUUUAGAAUUUGCUGAUAUGAUUAUCCAUAUCUGUUAGAAAUUAAAAAAUGAUCCACCUGACUAUUGCAAUAUACAUUCUCUUCUUGUAUAAAAUACAUCCAUUUAAUUAUAAGAUGAAAUCUACUUUUAUCUUUUUAUUAUAUUUCUUCUACUCUUAAUUUGGAUAUCUAUUAGAGUAUUGAAAAAGGUUGAUCAAAAAGUGUUAUAAAAAGGCUCAAAUCCUAUUGAAGAGACGAUUGGAAUAAUAUAAGAAGAGAAUAUAUAAUGAAUUUUAAAUCUAUUUAGAG